CUCCAAUACGAAGUGACAGGCUGGCGUCACGCCGCGCCGCGCAUCUGCGCCGAGCGGCUGGCGACCCAACGUCUCGAGCGUGAUUGGUGUGCCGGGGCAGUCUCGUUUUCGCCCUCAAUCUGAUUUGUCAGAAGGUUAAAGCAGUCGAGGUGGGUUGUGGUUCGUCUCCAUGUCGUCGGGCCCGUCUUCCCUACUACUAACGUUGCCGUUUGAGGAUUUAAGUCGAAUCUAGGCAUCGAAAUCGAACAGUUUUUGUGUGUGAAAAAUGCCGCAUGUUGGCGGGAGCGGCGGAGAAGACUUGGCAUCGACUGAUGAGAUCAAAGUGUUCAAGGACGAGGGAGAAGAAGAAGAAAGGUCUUCGGAAAACCUUACGGAUCUAAAGUCCAGUCUGGUAACGGAGGGUGAGAAGGGAAAAAGUUCCAACGAAGGAUACUCUAGCGGGAAGAACAGCCAAGUGUCGAGACCCGGGACUGUCAGUCAGGCAGGUAAACCUUUCGAAACUAUAUCUCACGCCACACCUAUUGGAUAUGUGGUUUCACCUUAUCCUCAUCCCAACGGGAGUUUGUCAAUGACAAAUAAGGUGAACAUGAUACCACCAACACAUUCCGGUUCGCCGUUACCCUUUGUGAUGUAUAAUAGUGAAGCAUUUGCCCAACCUCCUCCAGCACACAUGGGCAUUCCACCUGUUCAUAUUGAUCCCAAGACAGUUAGGUACGAUUGUCAUAAAAGGAGAUCUAUCAAUGGAUGGUAUUUUCAUUGUCAUACUACAGAAGAAAUUGGAGUUAACUGCAAGAAUUUAUUACCUAAGGUGCAUGCAGCAUCUGCUAUGUAUCCAAUGACAUCAGCAGGAUUCCGAGGACCCUAUCCUCCAGGUCUUCCCACCACCACAGCCAGUCUAACGAGGUUUUCUCCACCAACACUCCUUCCUCAUCAUCCAGGUAUUGCAGCUCAUACUGGAAUACCUCAUCCAGCACUUAUCACUCCAAAACAAGAAAUUCAUCCUCAGGAUAUAAGGAAUUUGCCAAAUUUCCAGUUAGACCAAAAAGUGCCGUCGAGUAGAGCUGACACAAAUAAUGCUACUAAUGGUGGUCCAAGUACUCAUCACAAUCAUACACGAGCAGAGAAAAAAGCACCUCACAUUAAAAAACCCCUCAAUGCCUUCAUGUUAUACAUGAAGGAAAUGCGUGCCAAAGUUGUUGCAGAAUGCACUCUGAAAGAAAGUGCAGCUAUUAAUCAAAUAUUAGGCAGAAGGUGGCAUAGUUUAUCACGGGAAGAACAAGCUAAAUAUUAUGACAUGGCAAGAAAGGAAAGACAGUUACAUAUGCAGCUAUAUCCUGGAUGGAGUGCCAGAGAUAAUUACGCACAACACACAAAGAAAAAGAAAAGAAAAAAAGAUAAACUUCAUGAUGGAGAAGGCAGCAAUCCGAAGAAAUGCCGAGCAAGAUUUGGGUUAGAUCAACAGAGCAGUUGGUGUAAACCUUGUAGGAGGAAGAAAAAGUGUAUACGAUAUGUAGAUGGUUCUGACAAUGCAAUGGACAGUGAGGACAAUAUUGGAAGUGCCGGAAGUGUUGAAGCACCCACUCCGGAUUCCAAGAGUGCCGGAGAUAGUGACAAUGAGCACCUCAAUGUUUCUGAACUUAGUCUUUCCAGUCCUAAAGUUCCUAGUGAUCUGGACAAUAGGCCAAAUAGCAGAAUACAUUCACUUCCACCAGAAAGUAGUCCUACUCAUCCUCUACAUCCUUUGAGCAUACAUCAUCUAACUCAACCUCAUUGCAAUAGUACUGUAAACAGAGUUAAGUGUGAUCCAGAUAUAGCAGUGGUGUCAAUACCUCAGCUUCCAACCCCUCCUUCUACGGACUCAUCAACUACUGCGGCACCUCCUAUGCUCACUGUUACAUAGCUCAAGGAAACAACCACCGGUCUCAUCGUAACCAACUCCAAUGAUGUAGAUAAUUGUUGUGAUAGAAAAGUUUUCCAGCCAAAAUGUGUUUGGUGUGGAAAUUCAAUACUGAGAAUAUAGCCAUCCUGAUUAUUUAGCAAAUGCUGAUCAUAACACAUCAAAUUCGCUGCAAUAAAUUAAUUUGAUAUAUCAAAAUUUUUAAGUCUGCUUUUGCUGAAUUCUCAUGUUUGCUAUGUUCUAAGUUUAUGUCAUCAGGUAUUGUCCAAUAAUGUAUAGUGAGACAUUUAUAAAAUAAGAUUAAUUUUUUGGACAUUUUUUUUUGUUUGUUGUUCUGGCUUUGCGUGCAUUUUGUUAUUUGUCUUGGUUUUUCAUAUAUUUUUUUUCCCUCUCAUCAUAGCAGUAUUGUCAGCUCAUUAUGUAGAAUAUGUUUUUGUAACCAACUGUGGUGUCAUACAAUGUGAUUGUUAAUCAACAAUGUAGUACUUGAAAUGGCAUCUGUAUUCAUAUAUGAUCUCAUCAUGUUUUUGUAAAAAUUAACGCCUCAUAUUGACAUUAUGUCACAAAUAAUGUAUGUCUCUCUCCCAACAUGCCAUCAUAGCCUUACUAAUGUAGCCUUACCUUGUCUCCAAGAUAACCUUUUUGUUAUGUUACUGACUUUUUUAGAAUUUAAAGCAAAAAAAUGCAUAAAAUUAUGAAAUAUUAACUAAAAAUUAUUUGAUAUUUUGUUAAUAUUUCUCAUUAGAAAUUUAAAAAAGAGAAAAUUAUUUAAAGAAAAAAUAAACAUGUAUGGAGAUAUGCUUUAAUUCUGCAAUAUAACAGUGGCAAUUUAAAGUGAUAAUUCUGUAAAAAAGAAAUGUAGAAAAUCAGUAUUGUUGCAGGAUGUUUUUUUUAUGAAUGUGUUAUGGAAAAAAUUCAAUUACUAUUUUGUUGAGUCAUAUUUUGUUAUAAAAGAAAUCUUAGUCCAAAUACCUUUUUCCUUUCCUUGUGUUAGGAGAAUUGUUAGAAAAUAUUGUUUUGUGGUUUCAUUAUGAUUAAAACCAAAAUGCCAGAAAUAAUUAUUGA